ACUUUAUUGGUACUCAACUACAUGUAAUAAAAUGACUUUGUGUUAACUGUGUGAAAUAGUAUACGUGCUGGCGUCCAAAGUUCAUAGCCCGGCCGUAUUCAUCAGUGGCAUGAUGCGGACACGUUAUGCUUCUAUUUUUAGUCCGACAACAAUCGUCAGCUUUGAAAUUGGGUUGGUAGAAUCAAACUUGUUCUGGAGUUGUAGCCCGAGUUGUAGGCCAAGUGCAUGUAGAUGUACAUACAUGUAUACACGAGGUCACACUCACAGUGUGCGCGCCGUUGUGUGUGUACAUUUCACUGACUCAGUGUGAUUGAGAAUACACCGGCUUUUGUGUGCAGUCACACACUGCAUGGCUGCCUGGCGUAUUCGAUACGAUACAGUUUGAACCUGGAUGUCUAUUCAUACAGCAGUCUCCUGUCUCGUAGCGAGCCAGCUCCGUGCUUGUUGUCGUACAAAUACAGGAAGUAGACUGUCUGCAGUGUAAGUGUAGGUUUUAGCAGGAAACGUACCGGAGCGGAGACCUUCUAAAGAUGGCGGAUUACAGCAAUGACAUUGUCAGUGGGUUCACUAACGAGGGUUUCAUGGACGAUGUGCCAAUUUUAGCCUCGUCACAACAUAGUCCAGCCACACCAGAUGAAGAACUCGGAGUCUCGAAUGGCGGGCUUCCAAAUCACAAGCCUCCGUGCCCUGCUGGAGACCAUGUUAGCGCCGCCAACCCUCAGCCGUCCCGAUCUGAGCAGGGAUGUUUCAAAGGGCAACAGGCUGUGGACACUAGCGAUGAGGAUGACUCCCUGCCCGGGUCGUGCGGGUACUGCUGCUGGGUGCCGGCCUGCCUGCAGAAGGUGGCCUCCGGCCGGUACUUCGUGUUGUUUCUCAGCCUUCUCUCCCUGACCGAGGCCGGCCUGACGGUGGGCUACAUCAGCAGCAUGGUCACCAGCUUCGAGCUUCAGUUCCGAUUCAGUAGCACGCUGACGGGUUUCGUGGUCAGUUGCUAUGACAUCGGCACCCUCGUGGUCAUCCUGACGAGUUACUUCGGUGGCCGGGCGGCUGCUAACCGGCCCAAGUGGAUCGCCUGGAGUGCCUGGGCCAUGGCUCUGGGCUCGUCCAUUGUAACCCUCCCUCAUUUCCUCAAAAAGUACCAACCAAACGGCAACGAUACCGUGGCCGAUCUCUGUCAUCCCAGUACAUCGGUUGACUCGGCUCAGAUAAACUUUGUAUGGGACGAACUUGAACCCGCCUGCUUUCCGGAUUCUUUUAGUACUAUAGAGAGCUCUGCGCUAAUCUUUCUAAUCCCCGGGAUGCUACUGGUCGGAGCUGGAUCGACAGCGACGCUAACGCUAGGUGCGACGUACAUCGACGAUUACGUACGCAAGAAGGAAGCACCUAUAAUGCUUGCCAUCGUCUUCAGCACCACUGUCAUCGGCCCAGCCCUGGGUUUCCUGAUCGGCAGCUUCUUCCUCAAGCACUACGUGGACUUCGACAAACAGCUUCCGCCGAUCUCCUCGUCCAGCCCCCGCUGGGUGGGCGCCUGGUGGUUGGGCUUCUUCUUCUUCGCCGGGGCCAUCCUCAUCAUGGCUGUCCCCGUCUACGCCUUCCCAGCCAAGCUCAAGAAGCUGGCCGAAGACGAUGAUGACGAGGAUGAUGAUGCCAACGUGCGCAUGGCAUUUAGUGAUGUUUCUUUAAAGAAGAUCCCGUUUGCCAUCUGGGGACUGCUGAAGAACCCCGUGUACAUGAUGGUGAAUGUGGCUGCAGCGGCAGAAUUCAGCAUCAUCACCGGUUUCGUCAGAUUCGCGCCAAAGUUCGUCCAGUCGCAGUUCCAAGUGAAAGCCUCCAUGGCAAAUCUAAUAACAGGUACUCUGAUUCCAAUGGGAGCCCUCGGUGUGAUCCUGGGAGGGGUCAUCUUGCACCGGGUCAAGACCAAUUUGAUGGGCUCGGUGAAUGUCAUGUGCGCCUCGACCAUCAUCGCUGGACUCCUCUACGGACUCAUUUUCAUCCCGGGUCCUUGCCCUAACUUUAAAAUGGCCGGAGUAACGACACCGUAUCAAGCCAAUGAUUCGAAUUGGCAUAGGCCCAACCCGUACAAUGUUAGUCUGGUCAGCCCCUGCAAUGCUGCGUGUGGGUGCAACCCCAGCAGAUACAGCCCAGUGUGUAACCACAAAGCCAACGUGUCGUAUUUCAGCCCCUGCUAUGCUGGCUGUGCGAUAAACAUAUCCAUGUCAACCGAUGACGACCUCGACGCCUUCGAGUAUUUCAACUGCACCUGCAUCGAGGACUACGACGCGGGGGACAGCCAACAGCUGGCCGGGUUGGUUGAGAGUGAUGAUGGCAACAACCCUACCCCACCGACGCACAGGUCAGAGGUAGUCUCGGACCUGUGCUCGUCCCAGUGCUGGAAGCUCGUGCCGUUCCUCGCCCUGCUGCUACUAGUGGUCUUUGUCUCCUCGAUUGAGCAGAUGCCGGCUCUUAUGACCCUUCUGAGAUGCGUGAAGAAAGAGGAAAGGCCAUUUGCACUCGGUCUACAGUUCGUCAUUUUGCGACUUUUUGGAUUCAUUCCCUCCCCGAUCUACUACGGUGCCGUCAUCGACAGCACCUGCAUUCUCUGGCAGAAAGAGUGCGGUGACGACGGGGCCUGCCUGCAGUACGACAACUCCGGGUUCUACUACCGCUACCUGGGACUUUCCACCCUGCUCAAGUCUGUCUCGGUCGUGAUGGCCGUGCUAAUCUGGUUCCUGGUCCGGAGGAUGCACCACCGGGGCGGGGCCGUCAUGACUCGCCUGCCCUCCACGCACUCGGUCUCGAACGGUGACUCGGGAGUCGGAGCCUCCGACUCCGUGGAGAGCCGGAGGAACGAUCGGUUGUCAGAUGACAUCUCGGCGCACAGUGGCAUCCGCUAUACCGACGGGGCUCCAAAGAAAACUUAAAAAUAGACAGAGAUGUAGAUCCACUAAACACAAAAGAGGGGAGAUAAUGGUGGAGAGCAUUUUGUUUAAGGGGAUUCAUUUGUGAAUUUUAUGAUGGUGUAAGCCUACAGAGUAAAAACAAAAGUCCAUAGGGAUGCCGUAGUUCGGAUGUACUGACGAUACUGUUUUACGUUUAAAUAUAAAAAGACAUAGCUCAUUAUCAUUUUUUUUAUAUAUUGGUUAUAAGUAGCACUCAGAGAAAUACUUUAUACAGACAUAAAUGGAUAUGAAUGUUCGAACGUUGCUACAAUUUGUUUUUUAAAUUGUGAGGUUAAACUGAUGUAAUUGAUGGGCUCCGGUGAGAAAUAAAGGUAUAUCGUUGAAUUAAGUGCCUCUUGGUUGAGAAAGGAAAAUGACUUGUAUUGAAAAUGCUGCAAUAUUUGCCAAAACACACAGACAUUUGUAGUCCUUGGACAGUACUUAGGAUGAUGCUGCAUGUGUUACCCUAAUUUUUCGUCAUUUUAUAAUGAUGUCUUUCAGCUUCAAUCAAUGAUUGAAAUCACAUUCUUCAGGAUGUACCGAAGAAAAAAUGUAGAUCUCUGCUCAAGGUAAACUUGCAGCAGCUUUAAUGUUUUUUAAGUGUUGAUACGACCGCUGAAAUUCGCAUUUGAUAAUCGUGUUUGAAAUUAGAUUCAUCGUAGAUAGUAGAUUUGCUAGCAUCAAAUUAAACAUGAUGUUCAAUAGUGGACCACCAUUGCCGUAGUAAAUACAUAGUUUUCUGAAAUCUGAGGAAAAGCAGCUUUGGCCUAUAUAAAGCGAAAUAUUUUCAAAUUGUGCAUAUAUAUAUAUAUAUCAGAUAAUUACGCAGGCAACGUUUGAAAGGUUUUACACAGUAUACAGUAUUUUGUAGAUUUUAUAUAUAACUGCUCGUUGCUUUUCAAAUAAAGUGAAAGAAAUUGAGUAUUUUUCUCAAUUGUAUACACAGUGA